AUGGCGUUGUGCAAAGGAGGCGUGAGGAAUUUCGAACGGCCCCGGGCGGCGGCGGGGAUCGGGCCUGGCGGGCGGGGUGAGGCCUGCGGAGCGCUGGGAUCCGAGCACGAGGUGUGCGCUGCCAAAACGAAGCCAGGGGACCCCUGGGCUGCCGAUGGCAGGAUCUUGUAUGUGAUCCGUGAGGCACUGUUGAACAUGGAGCAGUUGCUUCUGAAUGAAAACUUGCUGAAGCUGGAAACAGCAUCUGCUGAAUCAUUUGUGCUUAGAGGUGUGCAUGCAGCAGUAUCGAGAAGGUUUGACAUCUACAGGAAGGUGCCAAAAGACCUUACACAGCCAACCUACACAGGGGCUCUUAUCUCUGUCUGCUGCUGUCUCUUCAUACUGUUUCUCUUCCUGUCUGAGCUCACCGGAUUCAUAGCCACUGAAAUAGUUAAUGAGCUGUACGUGGAUGACCCAGACAAAGACAGUGGAGGUAAAAUAGAGGUGAAUCUGAACAUCAGUUUACCAAAUCUGCAUUGUGAAUUAGUUGGACUAGACAUCCAGGAUGAAAUGGGAAGGCAUGAAGUGGGUCACAUAGACAACUCGAUGAAAAUACCUCUCAAUAAUGGGGAUGGCUGUAGAUUCGAGGGACAUUUCAGCAUCAACAAGGUCCCUGGUAACUUUCACGUGUCAACACACAGUGCCACUGCACAGCCUCAGAAUCCUGACAUGACUCACAUCAUCCACAAGCUCUCAUUUGGGGACAAGUUACAGGUCCAGAAUGUUCAUGGUGCAUUCAACGCCUUGGAGGGAGCAGACAAGCUCAGCUCAAAUCCUCUAGCCUCUCAUGACUACAUACUGAAGAUAGUCCCAACAGUGUACGAAGACAUGAGUGGCAAACAGCGAUACUCCUACCAGUAUACGGUCGCUAAUAAGGAGUAUGUAGCCUACAGUCACACUGGCCGCAUUAUCCCAGCUAUCUGGUUUCGUUAUGAUUUGAGUCCCAUCACGGUGAAAUACACAGAGAGGCGACAGCCUUUGUACAGGUUUAUCACAUCGAUAUGUGCCAUCAUUGGGGGAACAUUUACUGUAGCUGGAAUCCUGGACUCCUGCAUUUUCACAGCAUCAGAAGCCUGGAAGAAGAUCCAGCUGGGGAAAAUGCAGUAGCAGUGAAACUCUAAACUAGUCUUCAAGGGCAGGAGCAAAGAUUGAGAAACCUACCACUACCUGUUUUUGUCUUUAUUUUCUAUUUGAUUGAAUCAGUGCGUUUUUCUCUAAUCAGGCUGUUCAGUGAAGACCUCUUCAACUAAUCAAAGAAAUCUCGAUGCGUUUCAGAGCUCUGAGAGCAAAACAACAAAAAUUAAUGCAAUCAUGUCUUGGAUUUUGAUUCUGUACCCCCAGAAAGAGAAGUUGAAAUGCCCUAUAUGAAAUACACUGUCAGAUCUAAGUAAGGAUAGUAGCAUCUUCUUGGGGAGGUUCCUAUGGCAGUAUACAAGCUAGGUAGUAGAUUGCAAAGAGUUAAGCUGUCUUGUGGCACUUUUUGGAAUUUGUUGGAUUUGCAUGAUUAGACAAUCAACUUACAUAUAAAGGAGAAUUAUACAUUAGGAAGAAAUUCCACCCUUGGUGCCAAAAGGUGAUGUAUCUGUUGGUGAGGAAUGGAAAGUGUUAGUUCCCAUAGCAGGCCUUAGAGACAGAGGGCAGAAAUAACAUCAAGAAAUGUCUUGUGCUUUUAUGGAAAGCUCUUUGGUUCAGAUAUGACCUUUUUACUGAAAUGAACAAAUUUGAGAAAGAAACCAUCCCCCAGCUACCUUUUCCUGGAUAAUCUGUGGUCCAGGCAGAGGAGGGCCUUUUACUCUGGAUGUAAAAGCGAUUUAAUUUCUUCCCAGAAACUGAAUACCAGUCUUGUGUUUACAGGUGGCAUGAAGUAAAAACCAAACUGAGCAACACAGUUUUAUGUGGCCUUUGCUUUGAAAGGGAGUAGUUGUCUUUACAGUGUUAGCUUUUAUUCCUUCUUCUGUUGGUUUUCUUCUUGUUUUUUUUUAUUUUAAACACAGACCACCCAGAAAUCUGAACUGCAUUCUGCAUUAUUAUUAUUGUUGUUGUUGUUAUUAUGAAAAGCAGUUUUCCAUUCUGUGUGUUCAGAAAAAAAACGGUGCAGCCUUCUGGGUGAAUGAGCACAGCUUACUGUCUUGCUUUGUGUGUGUAUAUUGAAUACACCUGUACAACACAGAAGUCUGUCUGUUCAUGGUUUAAGGUGCCUACCUGUUCUUUACAAUUCAGCCAGGCAUCUUUUCUGAGCCCUACACUGACACUGUUCACCCACAGGUACAGCAGUAGCGGGGCAGGCAUUCCCACAAACACCCCUGCUAGUUGUUCUGUUCUAUUCCUUAAAGUGGUACUGAACUUCCAUGCCCAUUUGUUCAGGCCUUGUCUUCUGAGCCCUCCAGUAACUUUAGGUGCAAGGGGAGAACGAUUGCCAGGUGCGGCUUGCAUGCAAUGGUUGGUGUGAGUUCACUACAAAGUUGACCAAUGGACCAGUGGUCCAUUUUCCAUAGCCUCCUAGGUGUUCCUUGGUUAGUAACUGUCUCUGCAUGCUUUGUAUGUGUCUGAGCUGAGGAUACAUGGAUUUUUAAGCGUUCCAGAAUGGAUAAAAAUCCUUAAUCAGUGCUAUAAAGUCUAAGACAGGUGCAGGAUUUCUCUUGGGUAGUAUCUACUGUCCAUUGCCCUUUUCUGGAGGCAAAAGUAUCCAAACAUCAUGUUGGAAUAAUAUGAAUCUUUGAAUUAUCAGUGUUAAUGCUAGAGUCAGAUGCAUUUCAAAAGUAUUCCUAAUACGUGUCUGUUGAAAUUGUCUCACUGCUUUGGAAGUAGGGAAGGUCUCCAGUUUUAUCCACACACACACACGACCAAAAAAAGAAAAAUGAAAAGGCCAACAACCUCCCCCCCACACACAGACACCCAUUCUCUGCCCUGUAGUGACUUCUGACAAGUUACAGCAUUGGAAUAUUCCCUGUUCUUAUUAUGGACUGAUUGCUGUUCCUUUAGGUGUAAACUGGAUUGUGUAACUUCCUGUAUCUAUUAAUGUAUGGAUAGAUUUUAUACAUUUUUUCCAUUUACAAAAAUCAACUUGAAAAUGAGAUGUUUGUCUUCAUUUUGCUGUGCGCGUCCGUCUGUCCGUCAGCGGUCCCCACGAGGUGGCAGUGAUGCCUGCCGGCAGCCUGGGGUUUUUCCAUUGCAAUUCUUGCUGCUGCCGCCUGAAGGAUUUCCUCCAAUCUACUGCCACCAACUGAAGCUUAAAGCAAAAAUGUCCUCGUCUUUCCUUCUUGAAUUUGCUGACUCUUUGCUCGUACCUUGUGAACCUGGUGGAUUACAAGGGUGCAAUUUUAAUGUCUUGUUGAGGCAUCUCUAGCACAGUUGUGCUCUUAGUUUUCUGACGUUUUUUCCCUAUUAGAAUUUCCUCAGAACUAGCGAAGUUGGUUGCAAUGCCUCUGUCUCUCAUGCCCCCAGCGUGCUUUUUCUGCCCUCCUCCUCCUCUCUCAGGAUGUAGUGCUGCCUUCUGUGCAGUUCAGGCCAGUUCCUUAAACCAGAUCACUGAGAUUGUUUGGCUUUUUUUGGAAAUAACAGAUGCAUACUUCGGUGCACUUGCUUUCACUGCCAAAACGUCCACUGCAAUAAUGUAAUAAAUCACUUUUUUAUUUUUGCUAAAUGUGGAAAUCAGAUUGUACUCAAGUUCUGGCAAAAGAAACAGCCUGCACCUUAGUUCUCUGAGCCAGGGCAAAGCCUCUGAGUGCUGCCAAGCCAAGGCUGACUUUGAGGUCUGCUGUACGUUGCAGCACGCUUAUCCCUCGCAUGUAGCCGGCUGCAUCACAUCAUGUUGCUGCACCAUUUGUUUACAGAAGGAUUCACUCUUAAUCUCUCCAAAUGUGAAGGCGAGGUGGUUCCUGCUGUACUGCCCCGUGCAUAUACGUGUCACUGCAUUUCACUUCCAGUCUCAAACACGUUUUAGGGGCAAAAUGAGCAUAGGUACACUUUGAAACAUCAAUGCAAGCAAAAAUGUUUUCAAGCCAUAGUGAAAGGAAAACCAUUUUUUGUAGGUGUUCAUCCAUAUGCUUGGAUUUGCUCCUUCAAAUCAGUAUUCUGACAGAAAUAUUUGUGGUUUUCUAGGAGAAAUAACCCUGUAGGAAGUAAAAUGUGUACAGCUUGUGUAUAUUCUGGUUUAAAUAAACCUCUCUGAAGCUACGCUGCAUCAUGCAAUGAGAACGUGCAGUAUAGGAUGCUUUGCAGCACUGGAGUUAGAAUUGUAGCUCUGGGGAAGCUGCAGAGCUGUGCUUUGUAGGGUAUAGGCACUGUGUGGGCUGCUGAGGAGCUUUUAGGGGGAAAAAAAAAAGAAAUUGGAUGAAAAAGUAAAAAAAAAUGAGUGUGUGUUUGUGAAUGUUUGAUCUAUCAAAUAUUUGCAUUCAACUACUGCUCUGUAAAAAGCGAAAUCUGCAGUGUAGAUGGCAAUGGUUAGAAUUAAUUUCCGGAAUAUUUCUUGUUUAAAUUUGCUUUUUAUUUGUGUGUUACGCAGAACUGUUGGAGCUGGAAAUGUCUGCAGUGAGUAUCUGCUUUAGAACAGCCGUUUGGAGGUUCAGCUGCAGGAUGGCAGGGGGGUAUUUCUCAACAGGCAGGGUUUGUUGUCCUGCCCUGUGUCAAGGCAGCGUGUAAAGCACAAAUCUUGCAUUUUUACAAUGGAGUUUAUUAAGGAGUUUUCACAUCUCCCCUUUAAUUUGCAACCUUAUGUUAAUAAACUAUUAGCUUUUUUUUAGUUCUGUAAUUAAAAAUAAAACUCUUCUGUGUUUGGA